GUAACCGUUUAUGUUUGGGACACUGGUUGCGGUCGGAUGUUUAGGUAAAACAUGUUCGGGGCUCCUGUGGACUUCUCUUUUAAAGAUCUGUGCUCUAUAGAAGGUGUUCUAUCAGAAGAACCAAACAAGGGAGUACACACACCUUGGAGAAACUCAGAGGGGAAAUUUUCUAGCCAUGUUCUCCGUCUCAACAACAACCUUGUAUCGAACAUGACCGGACUUAUGGAGACACUGUCUGCUUUAUUCGUCGAGCCAAAACGACUCGCCUGGCUCGACUUGUCCUUCAACAACAUCACACACAUUCACCCGGUCCUCACUGAGCUGGUGGAGUUGCGUGUGUUGUAUCUCCAUGGUAACUCGGUGUGUAAUUUCUCUGAGGUGGACAAGCUUAGGACAUUACCACUUCUGCACACCAUCACACUACAUGGAAACAACAUUGAGACUCGACAUGGCUAUAGAAACUACGUGAUCGCUACCCUUCCUCAUCUGAAGAUGAUGGACUUCAGUGCCGUCACCAAGCAGGAGCGAGUCACAGCCUCCCUCUGGCUCAAGCCCAGGAGGAGCUACAAAGCCAGCAAUCACACCACAAAAAACAUUUAGCAGAAAUCAUUUGGAUUAAGAAGAAAGUAGAUAAUUUGAUAGCACACUAUAUGGCCAAACGUUUGUGGACACCAUUACACCCAUGUGGGGUUCUUCCUCAAACUGUUGUCAUAAUGUUCAAAGCAUACAAUUGUAUAGCAUGUCUUUGUACAGCAUGACGAUGACCCUGUGCCCUUGAGCUCCAUGAAGACAUGGUGCUCAGGUUAAGGUUGUAAUGGAAGAACUGGAGUGUCCUGCGCAGAGCCCUGACUCUGACUCAACCCCACUGAACACCUUUGGGAUGAACAGGAAGUCUGGAGUCUCCUCAACAUCCCGACAUCAGCAUCUGAUCUCACUUGUAGCUGAAUGAACACAAAUCCACACAGCCUCCAUCCAACAUCUAGCAGAAAACCUUCCAGAAGCUUAUUAUAACAGCAAAGGAGAAUAAAUCUGGAACGAGAUGGGUGUGAGGAUCAGGUGUCUGUAAUCUUUUGGCUGUAUGAUGAAUGUAGUGUAAGAGCAUCAUGGAUGGAGAAAGCUCUGGAAUGCCUUUACGAUCACAGGAAGGCUUUUAUUUAUUUAUUUUUUUGGUUCAAACCACAAAAUGUGUCCAGAUUUGUGAUUUUUUUUUUUUAACAAAGCAAGGCUAAUAAAUGACAAUAAAUCCAAAUGUGCAACAUUUACAGCAAAAAUAAGACUUCAGAAAUGUACAAAAGAAUAACGUGU